AUGGCCUUCCCUCCCCUGAACGAGGACCCAGCUGCAUGUCAUAGCGCUGGUAGAUAUUACAUUGUCAUCGGCAUUGAUGCGUAUCCAACUAAGGAGGACGUCUUGCGCGGUUGCGUAUCCGAUGCUACCAAAAUUUUCGGAUUCUUGACUCAGAAUCUAGGCAUCCCGACAGAUCAUAUCAGUCUCCUCCUCGGUACUACAGCUUCCCUCUCGUCAUUUAAUCGGGCAUCUGGCAUGGCCAGAAUUGCGCGCGCCACUCGUGCUAACAUCAUUGAGGCCCUCCUUGGUCACUCUACGAAUUCCCAGAUACAGAAGGGAGACAAUGUCAUCAUCUAUUUCUCCGGGCACGGCGCGGUUUAUCGUUGUAAGGACCAUCCUGGAUACGGUCCCGAUUCCCCAUCCAGUACAGGUACAAUAGAGGCCCUAUGUCCUAUGGACCGUAGGGCCAGGGCCAGAGGUUUUAGGCUAGGACGCUCUAAGCCAAUCCCUGAUAUCAGCGACCGAGAGCUCAGCACCAUUCUCACGGAAAUCUCUCGCACUAAAGGACAUCACAUCACUGUCAUUCUGGACUGCUGCCACUCAGGUCUGACCAGAGGCAUACAAGUUCGAGGAUCAGAGGCGGUGGUAUGCGAGGCCAAGGCUCUGUCUGCAACCACUUCGAUUGCAGACAUGUUUGAGGCUGCUGAUAAGAGGUUGGGAAGAUUAAAAACUGAUGAUGGUUCCCCUCGAUAUCCGUCUAUAUCUGGGGGGGAUUGGACACCUGAUAUCCCAGAGAAUUCGCAUGUAGUCUUGGCAGCGUGUCAGGCUUAUGAGUAUGCGGCAGAAGUGCAACUGGCGGAUAACUUGGACUCGAAGUCUGAGCGGCACAAUGGGUGUUUUACUUUGGCACUGAUUUCUUCGCUCAAGUCGAUAAUUCGCGACCCGGCUAGCUUGAACAGCGAAUUACCAACUUACGUCUAG